AUGAUGAAGUUCAUUGUGGCUGCUAUUGCUGCUAUUGCUUUGUCCUCAGCCGAGUACUGCCAGAAACUCUGUGAUUCUACGGCGGCGUGUGCUACUUCGAAGUUCGGAUCCUACUGCAAGGGCAACGGUUUAUGCUUCGGCCUGUACCACAAGGACGACGGAUAUUGCUUCCAAUCCACCGAGCAGGAUACCUGUGAUGAUUACUCCCUCGAGCCUGUCGCUUGUCCGGAGCCGAAGCCUACAUGCCAGGAAGUUUGCAACGGUCUCACUCAAUGCCGCGACUCAAAGUGGGGCUCCUAUUGCAAGACUUGGCAGGAUCCUCAGGUCUGUUUUGGUAUCAUCAAGAAGGCUGAUGGCUCUCUCUGCUUCGCUCCCACAGACGAGGAUUGCUAUGGUGAGCCUUAUUAUUGCUAA